CUCUAUUAUUAUAGUCUGUUCGCGCUCCGCCAUUUAGUCCUUGCUUCCGAGGACGUCGAGUUAAGGUUGGAGGAAGUCUAGCCGGAGUCUUGGCAUAAACAUCUGAACAGCCACAUCCAUGCACCGGCCAGGCAAAGGAUCUCAGGCCCAACGAACCAGCAAACCACCGACCUCUUCGCCAUUCUCCCGCGCUCCCCCCCACCUCCUCCUUUCGACCUGCAUUCUACUCGCAAGCCACGCUUUGCGGGCUCGUCAGAGUGCUAUGUAUGUCGCCAUACGACCGGCACUGCGGUCAUCAUCCAGAGCCCGACCUGCUCGCCUCAUAAACGGCCGUCGCUAUCCACAGACUACUCGAGUACAGUCAUUCCAUUCGACACGAUUCCUUGCUCACACGCCGACGCCCACACCGACCCCCGAUAAUACCAACGUUGACGCCAGCAAUGCGGACAAGAAGAGCCGUGAGAAGUCCAGCGUGGCGGACCAUGUAGAAGCCCCGGAGACCAUCGAGGACCCGGAGAUCCUGGCGCAGAAGCUUCAGCGAUCGAGGGAGCUGGCCCGACGGUACUCAUCCGCUCUGCGCAGGUCGCAACGGCGGAAUCGGGCGCAUGGCCUGCCGCCCAUCUAUAUCCCGGAUUGGUUCCUAGAGGGAAGGGUCCGAUUGCGCGAAGAUGCGCAUCCGCAGCGGGCGCUGGCGCGGCGGAGUGAUUGCACGCUGGAGCUGAAGCAUAAGGCUUCUGGGGAGAAAGCUUCGCUUUCAAUUCCGGUCUCGACGCAUGCGGCCGCUUUCAAGGCGAUUUCCCAGAUCAUCAAGGCGCUAUGGAGGCAAGGUCUGUCGAAGGAGCAUAGGGAAAUGUUGGCGCGCGACUUUGCACGCAGGAUGGGACGAGAGGAUGACGAAGAGUUCGUCAAGGCGCUGGAGAGGGGAGAGGAGCCAAGAGUAGGGCUAUGGCAGGAGGCUGGAAGCGCCGCGCCUGAAGACACCUCCGGCGUGAGAGGGGAAGGAGAUCUUGCGAUGGAGCUGAAAAUGAGGACGAAGUUAUUGCAGGAUGGCCGCCGGAUAUCACCCCUCUUACUCGCCGAGAUACGAGCUACAAUGGCUGCCUCCUUGUCCACAAUUCAGCCUGCAACAACCCAUUCCUUUCCUGCCGCUAAGACCAACCUAAUCCUACACUCGCCCUCGAAUGACUACGAAACGGUUCUCCAUAGCACAGUCCAGCUUCUUGCCGCUGAGUUCGGUGCCGAUGUUGUUACGCUCAACGCUCAGGAUCUCGCACAGCUCGCAGGUGAUUAUCUUGGAGAGGGUCCAGAGCCAUCCCCCGAUUCGAUACGCUCGCUGGGUUAUGAAACCUACAAAUAUGGACCCAGUUUCGCCGACGAGAUGGACUUAUGGCCGAAAGAGGAAACAGUCGAGGAGGAACCGGAGCCUGCACUUGGGAUAGGUCCAAUCAAGUUCCAUAUCGUCUGGAAGGAAGACGGCAAGCGUCCGUCUCAACCGCUGAAGAGCCGGCAAUCGGCCAGCACUGGCUUGGUGGAAGAUAGUGCCGCGUCAUCCUUCCAAUCCUCUCGGGGUCAGUCGACGAGCGAGGUCCAGUUGGAAGAUCUAAAGCUUUCAACUCUUCUUGAGGCUCUUGUUGACACAAACGAGCUCAAGAGAAGUCGGGGAAUCACCGCUCCGGCGAAGCUGGCCUCUACUACCCGAUCACGAUCAACCGUGUCACCGGAGUCCAAGACUACGGAACAACCGCAGCUAUUCGACUAUUCCUUCGAGAGUGGCGCCUCUGAACUCGAUUUCAGCACUGCACUGCCCGCCGACGUCAAAGAUGCCCUUUCCCUGACUCUGAACAACACACCAUCCUCCCGUCGACCAGCAGUUCCUAAGACCCCGAAGAUCAUUUACGUGAAAGAUAUCAAGGAGCUGAACGCUACGCAGUACGGCAGUCGAAUCAUGCAAAAGCUUGAAGAAAUCGUACGCAAGCAACGAAACGCCGGGGAGAGCGUGAUGCUUCUCGGUACCACGUGCUCCGAGGACCUCACUCCUGAAAUCUCGCCGUCUGGUUUCCACCAACUCCAGUCCGAAGGCGGUGACGGUUUCUAUCGCACCAUUGUGGUGACGCCCGGAAGCGUCGAGGAAGACGCUAACGCAGAGCUCAAGGCCGUUGGGCGGGCCUUCCAGUUGGAAAUGAGUCUCUCGACAGCCGAGAAGAAGAAAUUCCGAGAUAUCAACCUGCGGCACAUUCACGACAUGCUUCGCUGUUUGGAUCCGCAGGCCACUGCCAACCUCGCAGACUUGCAGCGCAAUAGGGAAGGCCUACGUAGAUUUAGCUCGACUUUCCCUCAGCAGUACUUCUGGAGCGUCCUGUCGUACGACUCGGUCCAUCGUAUCGCACUCACAGCGCUUGGCCUCCGCCUGUUGGAUUCGAAUGCCGAGCAGCUGAGUUGGGCACAUGUAACGCUCGCCAUGGGCCUACUGCAGGCAAGCGACCAGGUCAAAUACAACUUUGCCAACUUCCACGCCAGCGACCGCGAACGUCAAGAGAAGGAGAGAGAGGCUCAGCAUCGGGAGCACAUGGACCGCUUGAAGGCCAUGUUCGAAAAGCCCGCGCCGAAGAAUGAAAAGGCCCAGACGAAGGACAAAUCAUCGUCCACGUCCUCAUCAUCGUCGCCCUCCAAACCGCAGAAGAAGAACUUGGCAGCCAUCGAAAAGUCAUUAAACCCCUACGAGAAGCGACUCCUCUCCGGCAUCGUCGAUGCCGAUAACAUAAACACCACCUUUGACAAGAUCCACGUCCCCAAGGACACGGUCGACGCCAUCCGCUCCAUAACAUCGAUGUCGCUCCUCCGCCCCGACGCCUUUAACUACGGUGUCCUAGCCACGGAAAAGAUCUCGGGAGCCCUCCUCUACGGUCCCCCGGGAACAGGAAAGACGCUUCUCGCCAAAGCCGUCGCCAAGGAAUCCGGCUCCACUAUGCUCGAGAUCUCGGGCUCGCAAAUCAUGGACAAGUACGUCGGUGAAGGGGAGAAGAACGUGGCUGCGGCGUUCUCGCUGGCGAGGAGAUUGUCGCCGUGUGUGCUGUUCCUGGACGAGGCGGAUGCGAUCUUCUGCACGAGGGAUGCCGGGCACGAGAGGGGCGGGCACAGGGACGUGCUGAACCAGUUCCUGAAGGAGUGGGAUGGGCUGCGGGAUAUGUCUGUUUUCGUCAUGGUGGCGACGAACCGGCCGUUCGAUAUGGACGACGCCGUCAUACGGCGGUUGCCGCGGCGGUUGCUCGUCGACCUGCCGAAACAGGAGGAUCGCAAGGAGAUAUUGAAUAUCCAUCUUCGGGGCGAGGAGGUGGCGCCCGAGGUCGACCUGGACGAUUUGGCCAAGCGGACGCCGCUGUAUAGCGGGAGCGAUCUGAAGAAUGUGGUUGUUUUCGCGGCGUUGGCGGCGGUGAGGGAGGAGAAUGAAAUUGCGGCUGUUGAGGCGACGAAGAGGAUUGCCGAGUUGGCGAGGGAGGCGGGCGAGGCGACGGUCGAGGGAGAGGGCGAGAUGGCGGAGGCGGCGGAGACGGCGGAGAGUGCGGCGGAUUCGGGGGCUAGUCCCGCUGCCCCUGCUGCUGCUGCUACUACUUCCGGGACAGAGUCUGCAUCAGCAACUUCGACGACGUCAACUCCAACGAUAUCAACGACUUCAACGGCAUCAACGACAUCCACGCACCCGCCGAUCCUCACCGCCGCCCUGGCAAGCCACUACACGUUCCCCCCUCGGCGUAUCCUGCAGAAGCGCCACUUCGACCGGGCGCUGCAGGAGGUCAGCGCCAGCAUCUCCGAGAACAUGCACAGCCUCAAUGCCAUCCGCAAGUUUGACGAGACGUACGGCGACCGCAGGGGCAGGAAGAAGAAGACCAUGUACGGGUUUGGGGUGCACAGUGAGGAUGAGGGGGGUGCUGUCGAGGAGGCUGCGAGGGUGAGGCGGUAGGGUGUAGGUAGGCGGUAGGGAAGGCUGGAGGGAGAGGGAGUCCCAGGCAGACGCUGUGGUUUACUGGUGGAAUAUUAGAUGAGGAGGGGGAGGGGGAAGGGGGAGUAGAUUUGGCAUUUUGUAUGGCAAGCAAGCAAGGGUCAUGACGGGUAUGCGUGCCCUCCGAUAGUAUGGUAGGUGGGUUGGGUCUCUGGAGCCCGGUGUUGUUGUAUAUCUUGUAUCAUAGAUGGCCUUUUUCUUUCCAUCUUAUCCUCCCCUAGGUUCGGAAACUCGUCAUCCGGUCGGGAUUGGCAGCAUGAAAAAACAUGCAGAUAUAUACUCUAUAGCAUAUGUAUGGGCGCGGAAUGAUUCGUUCAUCUGCU